AUGCAACAGCAACAGCAGCCGAUGCAACAGCAAAUGCAACAGCAGCCUAUGCAACAGCAGCAACAGAUGCAACAGCCAAUGCAACAUCAGCAGAUACAACAGCAGCCGAUGCAGCAGCAAAUGCAACAACAACAGCAGAUGCAGCCGAUGCAACAGAUGCAGACUAUGCAACAACAGCCAAUGCAACAACAGCCAAUGCAACAACAGCCGAUGCAACAACAGCCAAUGCAACAACAACAACAACCUGUCCAACAACAACAACAACAACUCACUCCACAACAAUUACAACAGCUAACAGCAACUACAACAACAACAGCAACAACAAAAGAUACAACAAAUGCAACAGUACCAACAACAUUACAUACAGCAACAACAGCAACAACAAAAUAUCCAGCAACAACAACAACCACAGCAGCAACAUCAGAUGGCUCAAUUUGCACAACCUCAACAGGUACAGAUGCCACAUAG